AUGGCCAUGGGCGCUGACCUUCGUCCUGCUGGGCUGGAUCGGCCUACUCUGGAUGGCCGGCCAUGCCUGCGUCAUCUGCGGGCGCCUGCUGAGCAGAAGCACGCGCUGGGCAAUGGAGGCAAAGAGGGCGUGCGUGGGUCUUUCAAGGACUUCUUGCAGAACCAGAGGAAGGCCCCUAGUCAAGCGGGGGCCAACAUCACAGGGUGCCUCAGUGGAGACGCAAACAGAAAGUUCCCCGUGCUGCUUGGGGGGAGAGGAAUUGAGCCCUCCCAGGCAGCGCCGUCCUCCAUCAUGUUUGGGAAGGGGGACCACCCCCAGAAAGGAGGGGUGCGUCUACUCCACACACCCAAGGCAAUUGGGCAGCCCAGACCUGGUAAGGGCUAUGGCAUGCCGCGCAGGGCCCGUCUUGAGGGACCUAGCAAAAGGGAGCAGGACAGCAUCCUGGGAAGGGGGAAAUUGACACCAUGGGCCCCCGAGAUCACAGCGCCGAUUUAUCAUGGCAGAGAACCUGAAGUGACAAGGGCACCUCAAAACGGGGUGGGCAGGUCGAACGCGCUGGAUGAGGAGCGAGCGGGUCAUGGUCUUCCUGCAGGCGGUCAAAUGGACGGCAGGAAGGGUUCCUUCGCAAGAGCCUUGGAGGUAGCCGGCAACAAGGACUUGCUGGGCCGAGCCUGGACUGAGCUCAGCAAGGGGUUUUGGACCAGCAACACAGCUGCUGUGAAAAGAUCCCGCAGGGAGGAAGUCAUGAAGCUCGCCGUCAUGGUCACGGGAGAUCGUGAAGUGCUGCCCCUAAAGAGGCAGACGGUGGAAUACGUGGCUGCCGCCCUCAAGGCAGGAGGAUUGGCUUCCGCUGACCAAUAUCUCAAUGAGUUGAAAUUGAUGCACGUGGAGGCCGGCUAUGACCUGGAAGCAUGGCUGGGCCGCACCUUUCAGCUGUGCAAAAAGUCCGUUGCCAGGGACAGAGGCCCCAUUAAAAGAGCGCCCGAAGUUGACGUUGAUGCACUUCAUGCAGAAGCUUGGAAAGGUGUCGCAGGAGCGGCGGUCCCCCUUGGAGCCUGGGCCUACGCCUGGGGAGUGGCCUGGAUGUUGAGGGAGGUGGAGCUCUCGAAAGUGAAGUGGGAGCACGUGACUUGGAACCGGGACACAAAGACGGUUCGGUUGUUCAUCCCCCACUCCAAGAUGGAUCAGAAGGGCUUGGGUGUGGCCAGGACGCUACAGUGUUGCGGGGAAUCUCCCUGCUGGAGAGGCUGCGCCUGGGCCGUCAUACAAGGUUUGAUGGAGCUCCGUGGACGUCGUGCAGGGCAUCAUGAGGAACUCAUGUUUCCUAACGUGGCAGGAAACAAACCUUCAAAGACGGAGAUGGUUUCCACGUGGAGGUCCAUCUCGCGUGGGCAAGGCUUCUCGGAAGGUAAAUUUCAAGCAGUGGACGAACUGUAUCGUCAAUCCAUCAAGCGCAGUGAAGAGCAGCUAGGACCUACACAUCCAUCUACGCUGACUUUGCUGAGCCGAUUGGCAGUCAUGCUGCAGGAGCAAGGCAAGAGCGCUGAGGCCGAAUUCUUGCAGAGGCAAGCGCUCAGAGGACGAGAGAAAGUAUUGGGGCCAUCACAUCCUGAGACAUUGGUGUCCAGCAGCCACUUGGGAUAUCUCUGCUGUUUGCGGGGGAACCUCUCUGAGGCAGAGAAGCUCAUCAGUCGUGCCGUAAAAGAAUUGGAACAGCAGCUGGACAACUCUCAUCUCCUUACUUUGGUUGCUGUGGAGCACAUGGGUUUCCUCCUCCAAGCACAAGGCCGACUGGCAGAAGCUGAGAAGUUUUUCAAGCGCACUCUACGAGGUCGUGACAAACAACUUGGACAAAAUCAUCCCGAUACAGUGCUCGCCCUGCACCAUCUUGCCGCCUUCACGCAGGAGCACAGCCAUGACCGUGGUCAUAUGGCGGCGGCAGAGGAACUCUGGCGGCGUGCUGAAUGCCCCAAAACCAUUGCUGCGCCACGGGCAUUGCAAAGCAUCGCUGGGCUUGCAAGGAAUUUGCGUGAGCAGAGCAAGUUCCCAGAGGCUAUCGAGGUCAUCAAAGCUUGUGCUGAACGCCUCCAGGAUCAAGGUCACUUGGACGAGGCGGAGACGCUGCUGCAGCGUAGUCAUCGAGACAGUGGAAAGCAGCUGGGUGAACAGCACCCGGUGACGCUGACAUAUUUGCUGGAGCUCGCAAAUGUCUUGGCAGCCAGAGCCAAACCCGAAGCAAAAGAGACCUUGAGAUUAGCUGUGAAAGGUCGGCAUGAGCAGUUGGGCCUGCAAAACGUCGACACAUUGAAAGCCCAGCACUGCCUAGCCGACUAUCUCAGACAGCAGGCUGAGAUCGAAGCAGAGCAGCUAUUGAAGCAGAUCCUGGAAGGCUUCGAAGCCCUGGAUGAGGCCAUGCCAGAGGAGUUGGAGGUGGUGGAGUCCCUCGCGAAUCUGGCCUUCGCAAAAGCCAAAUUUGCCCAAGCGGAGGAGCUUUAUCGUCGCCUCUUGGAUAAUGAAGAUCCGCCGCCCAACCUGUCAGCUGCUGCAGCGGCAGCCAGCGCUCUGGCUACCAAGCGAAAGCUGGUGCUGGCGCUCCGUGGCCAAGGACGUCUAAGAGAGGCAGAGGAGCUCUGUCGCGAUCUUGGAGGAAAGGCUGCAGAUCUCAGUCUUUUGGCCACGAUUCUGGAGGAGCAAGAAAAGAUGGAAGAAGCUGAAGCCGCGCAUCGUCAGGCGCUUCAGGAACGUGAGAAACAACUGUGCAGCACCCAUCCGUGGACCUUGCUUUGCUACAGUCGGCUGGCUCACGUUCUGCAGCUCAGAGGAAAGAUCCACGAGGCGGAAGACCCGUGCCGGCGAGCUCUGGCCGGCAGCGAGAUGGAGUUGGGAAAGACCGAGACGUUGCACUACAUCAACAGGUUGGCGAAGCUGCUUCAAGCGCAGGGAAAGACAAUGGAAGCUGAAGAGCUUCAAGAGAGGAUGAUGCAGGACAACACCUUGACUUCCCUCAGCCACUUGGGCAGCUUGCUGCACGAGCGCGGGAAGCUGAGUGACGCGGAGAGCCUUCUGCGACGGGUGCUAGGCGAGCGUCAAGAGCUGCAACCGCAACACCUGGAGACCUUUGCUGCCGGCUGCGCACUGGCUGCGGUGCUGAAAGAUGCAGGGAACAUCGAGGAGGCUGAGCAGCUCUACAAGAGUGCACUGGAAGGCUACGAGAAGCUGGAUCCUUACCACGCCGAGACGUUGACAACAGCAACCGCCUUGGCGUCUCUGCGGCAAAGCCUGGGAAAGCCUCACAAAGCUGAGGAUCUCUUCCGUCGGGUGCUGCAGCGGCGUGAAGAGCAGCUGGGUGCGAAGCACUUGCAGACGCUGGCGGCCGUGAGGAAUUUGGCGAAGAAUCUUCGAAGCCAACAGAAGUUCCAAGAAGCCGAGGACCUCCAUUGGCGGGCUAUGGAGGGCUACGAAGAUCAACUAGGUAAGUCCCAUCCCGAGUCCUUGCGCGUCACCAGCGACCUUGCAUCAUUGCUGCAGGAGGUCAAUGAAUUGGCACAGGCACAGCGAUUGCAACGCUUCGUUUGGGAAGAACGCCAGGAAACCUUGGGCGCAGAUCAUCUUGAGACGCUCAGCAGCUGCUACGCCUUGGCGCAAUUGUUGGAAAUGCGUGGUGCUGCGGAAGAGGAGGAAGUUGAAGAAAUGCUGCGAAAGGUCUUGGAAGGCCGCGAGAAGCAGCUGGGUUUGGUCAAUGAGGAGGUCUUAGAGGUGCUCGGUCGUUUGGCGGACUUCCUUGAGAAGUUGGGUGAUGUCACAGAGGCGCAAAAGUUGUACAUGCGGGAGCUCCAAGGUAUGGAGGAGCUCUACGGCGUCAGUCACAAAAAGACUCAGCAGAGCCGCCGCAAGCUGGAGACUUUUCUCAGGACGAUCCGAGAGUCAUACCCAGAGGAGGCAGAGACUGAGGGCGUCAGCAGGACAAAUUCCGAUCAGUCUCGUGCUUCCGACUCGGAUCAGCGCUCCAAGGAUGAUGGAGAGGAACCGGGGGAACCAGAGGAACCUGAGGACGACGACAUUUCAGCAGACCGCAAGAGCGAUGUUGCGCCGUCCAGAAAGGCCUCAUUGGGUCCUUCCUUGUACCAGGAGGCACUAGAUCCUGAGGACUACGAAACACGUUCUGACAGAGACAUUGAGGAGGGUGACGUACCUGACAGGAAGAGCGAUGGUGUUUCAACAUCCAGAAAGGCUUCACUGGGUCCUUCAUUAUACCAGGAGGCUCUAGAUCCUGAGGACUACGAAACAAGAUCCGAUAGGGAUGUUGAGGACGACGACAUUUCAGCAGACCGCAAGAGCGAUGUUGCGCCGUCCAGAAAGGCCUCAUUGGGUCCUUCCUUGUACCAGGAGGCACUAGAUCCUGAGGACUACGAAACACGUUCUGACAGAGACAUUGAGGAUACGCGGUCAGACGGGGACAUACCAGAGGCUAGUGGCGAUACUACGGAUUGA